UUCUCUCCCAAGUCUCAAGUCUCAACCCCUGCUGUGCUGAGUUCUUGGCUUCUUGCCGCCUCAGACCCAGAUCCCCUUUUCCCCCGUUGUAAUGAUCCAAUCCACCUAAUCACUCGACCUUCCUUCGAUUCAAAGCCUCUCAAUUAGUCCAUUCCCUCCCCUACAAAGCAUCCACUAGGAAGGCGCGAGCUCCCCGGUGUCGUCCGGUCACUCUUGUUCAUGGAGCAGCUCACCACACCGAGCAGUACAAGAAGAGGACCAGCGUAGGCAAGCUCGAGCGAGAGUGGCUGCCACAGCAAGGCCAGCAAGAGAGGAAAAAAGAACAAUACGGGGCAGCCAUGGGGUCCCCGAAGGCGGCCAGGAGCAAGGCGGGCCAGGGCGGCAUCUGGCGCCGCAGGGUCAGCGCGCCCUUCGUCGUCGUCCUGGUGGCGGCCGUCCUCGUCCUCGUCGCCUUCACCGGCCAGUUCGUGCAGGGCCCCGACGCUUCCUCGCGAUUCACCCCGGUACAUGUGGAGGACAGCAUACCCCGGAGAGUUCCCGCAGAUCAAGGCAAGACGAUUUUUAGAGUUCUGUUCGAUUACUUGUGUCUUGUUCAUCGUGUCCUUGUGGUUGCUGACCGCUUCCGGUAUGCAGGCUUGGAAACGUCGGAUUCGUCAAGGCAAGAAGGGGAGGGGAGUGACCAAAAAGCUGAGACUGACGAAUCUCUGGACGAGGCAAUCAGAGAGCAGGAACAGCCUCCAGAGGAUACCACCACCGAGUAUUCGGGGAAGGAAUCUGGCCCGCAAGUUCAGGAAGAUGAAGAGGGCAUAUUGAAAGAAGCAGGUAAUGCAGAGAUACAUCCUCAGAAAAGUUGUUUGCUUGUGAUUGGGUCAGUGCUUGUAGAUACAUACACUGUUCGGCAGAUACUUACAAAUAUACUGUUCUGGAACUAUUGGUGGUUACCUAUUUUUUGCCAAACAGGUUCAGCACCAUACACCAAGUGCACACCUCCAUCCAGCACGACGGUCUGUGACCUUUCCAACCUGCGCUUCGACAUAUGUGAGCUGUGCGGCGAUGCUCGCACCAUUGGUCAGUCGUCCACUGUCAUGUAUGUCCCGCACACACAAACUUCUGAUGGUGAAGAGUGGAGUAUCCGAGCUCAGUCCCGGAAGAACCUUCCCUGGAUAAAGAAGGUGACCGUCAAAUCUCUGAAUACCUCGCAACCAGCGCCAAGAUGCACCUCCAAGCAUGCCAUGCCAGCCAUUGUAUUUGCCCUUGGUGGGCUCACAGCAAAUGUCUGGCACGACUUCAGUGACGUCCUUGUUCCGCUGUUCCUCACCGCCCGCGAGUUUGACGGGGAUGUUCAGUUCCUCAUCACCAAUAACCAGCCCUGGUUCACCAAGAAGUACUCGACAAUCCUGAGCAACCUCACACGACAUGCCAUCAUCGACUUUGACUCCGACAACCAGGUCAGGUGCUACCCGCAUGUCAUCGUUGGUCUGAGGAGCCACGGAGACCUCGGCAUCUAUCCAAACCGGUCACCGCAGAACUACACGAUGAUGGACUUCCGGCUGUUUGUCCGGCAAGCCUAUGGUUUGGCGGCACCGGAAGUGGGCAUACCCUACAGGGCCGACAGAGACGACCCUGACAAGAAGCCCCGGGUGAUGCUCAUUGACCGGGGCAAAACCCGGAGGUUUGUCAAUGCAGCAUACAUCAUCCAAGGCCUGGAGUGGUUCGGUUUUGAGGUGGUUAUGGUCGACCAGAAUAAGACCGACUCCAGCAGCCUCGACGAGUUUGCCCAGCUCGUCGACUCGUGCGACGCGAUCAUGGGCGCGCACGGUGCGGGCCUGACGAACAUGGUGUUCCUGCGGUCAGGGGGUGUGGUUGUGCACGUCGUGCCACACGGAGUCGAGUUCAUGGCCGACGCGUUCUAUGGCGCGCCGGCACGGGACAUGGGCCUAAGACAUGUGAAGUACAGCAUCAGCCCGGAGGAGAGCACGCUGCUGGAGAAAUACGGGUGGAACCAUACCGUGAUCAAGGAUCCUGAGGCUGUUAGGAGCAGUGGUGGGUUGGAGAAAGUUGGGGAGGUCUACAUGUCCGAGCAGGACAUCGUGCUCAACAUGACCAGGUUUGGGCCUAUUUUGCUGAAGGCGAUAGAUUUCAUCAUGUAGGUGUAUGAGGUUUUUGAGGUUAGAUU